AUGGCUCCCAAGCGCCUCCUUGAAGACCCUCCCGCUGCUUCCUCCAUGGAGGAAGACUCCGACGCCGAGACCGUGGAUGAAGAAGAGGAGGAGGAUGAAGAAGAAGACGACGAUGAGGAGAAUGUGACUGCUAAUAAGAAGCCUCAAUCGGAAUCUGCCUCCGACGCCGGCUCCGAGACCGAGUCCGACGCCAUGACCCACUCCCCAACCGCUUCCGAUUUCACCGUCAAGCCCAUUGUCUCCAAGCCCAUGAACGACUCCCCCGCCAAGCCCACCAGGAAGACAGCUGCUCCGGCGAAGCGCGCGGCGGAGAGCGAUCCCAAUCCGAAAGACUCCAAGAAGAAGAAGAAGGGAUCCAACGGCAGCGGCGAGGAUGAGGAGACCAAGAAGGCUGGCCGGCUGUGGGGCGAGGAUGAUGAGAUUGCGAUAUUGGAAGGGAUGAUUGAGUUCAAGGCCAAGAAUGGGACCGACCCGUCUAGCAAUAUGGGCGCGUUUCAUGAAUUCUUGAGGAGGAGCCUGAAGGCUGACGUCAACAAGAACCAGUUGAUGGAUAAGGCGAGGAGGCUGAAGAAGAAGUACUACCUCCCCAAUGCUGCUGACAAGGGCGAGAAUGUGUUUUCGAAAGCGCAUGAGCUGAAGUUGGUUGAUUUGUCAAACAAGAUUUGGGGGGUUGAGGCUAAUGGGGGUGGUGAUGGUGGGAAGAACAGUAAGAAGAAGCCGAGGAAGAGUGCCAAGGCUGUUGCUGUUGACAACAGCGCUUCUCCGGUCUUGGCAUUGCCUGUUUCGUAUGUCCCUGCUGAGAAGAGUGCUGAGAAGAAAGUGGAGAAGAAGGCGGAGAUGAAUAAUGUUGCUAAUGGCGGGAUGGAGGCUGAGUCGGAUGACUUGUUUUGGUCCAAGUACCCAUUCCUGAGAGAUUCUUUGCGGUUUGGAAAGUGGGAUGGUUUGGAGUUGGUUUUGAUGCAUGGAAUGCCUUCAAUUGGGAGCUCAAAGGCCAAAGAGUUAGAUGAUAGGUGGAGGAAGUUGCAGGUCUCAGAGAUGGAGUUGGUUGCCAAGAAGCUUGCAUUAGAGCAUGAAAUGACUAAGUUUAUAUUGGAUUCGAUGAAGUCUCGAAAGGAAUAA